AUGAUGUAUGGCUUCUUUUAUGUGCCCAGGCUAUUUACUGGCUUUGGAAGGAUUUUAAAUACACAAAGAGCCUUUUUUUCUGGUCUAUCAAAUAAAAGUUGUGGAAUCAAGAAUCCUUACUAUCGCAAGAAGGGACUUUGGGAAUGGCGCAAAAAGCUGAUCCACCGCCUUAACAGAAACAGAUACAGACGUAAAUUCAUCACACCGAAAAGGGUCGACAAGGAAGAAUUGCCAAUUAAAUCAAAAGAAUUUGCCAGAGUAUGGGACUUUAAAGUGGAAGAACUGCCAAUAAGUCUGAAAAGAUUGAAGCUGUACUCUAAGCUGUUGACGAAUUUACACCUCCAGGACGCAAUAGAUUGGCUCACAGCCUUCCCAAACAUUAAAACAAACAGAAUAUUAAACUCAAUGAGUGAAUCGCAAAAGAAGAUAUACGAAGAGCACGGCGGAGAUCCGAGUAGGCUGUACAUAGACAACAUAAUAAUAAACUACUCGCGUCCGAUUAAGCAGUUAAAACACCAUGCAUUGGGGAAUUUUGGGAUAAUGUGCACGUGGAGAAAUACGCUCAAGUACAAAAUACGAGAAAUGCCAAUGAACGAGUUCUACCAGAAAAUAUUCAUACUGGGAAAGGUGCCCAAGAGCAUGAGCUCGGAGAUGAGGAACGCAAUAUACGACAAGAGGGUCGAUUCACAAAACAUCGCAGCCUGGUUCCCGUACCUGACUGCACACUCACGGUUUAUAUUUCGCAAAGUACUAUAUAUUACUGUUGACCUAGAUAUCCAGAUAAAGCCUUAA